AUGGUGAUAUGUGAUGUGGCGGUGGCGGCGAGAUUUCUUAAAGAAAUCCGAGGUACCCCACCACAACGUCGCAUGAUUGUUGGAUUGGACACCGAGUGGAAUACGCUCGAUGGCGGCGGCUUCAUGACGGCUCUCCUGCAGUUGUGUGUCAGAACUCAUGUGCUUGUCUUUCAGGUCCUCUAUGCCACCGGCGGUGACCUCCCCGAAGUCUUCAAGAGCUUCCUGACAGAGGAGGACCACAUCUUUGCCGGUGCACACAUCGAGAAUGACGUGAAGCGGCUAUUGGAUGACUUCGGCGUCACAAUAAGCAAUCCGACUGACCUCCAGAUUGUAGUCCCCCAAGCUGCUUCCAGAUUCGAGCACCUCGGCAGUCCACAUCCCGAAUACAGAUUUCGUCGAUCGUCCCUCGAGAAGAUCGCAUCAGAGGUGUUGUGCCUACCUCGUGUCCGCAAGCCGGACGCCGACCAUAGAAGGUGGCACGUACGGGAUUUGGACUACUUGCAGGUGAAGUACGCCGCCGUAGACGCGUACCUAUCCUACAAGGCCGCGAAUCAACUGGAGGUCAGGGAUGGCUAUAGAUUUAAGUAG